AUGACGAAGAAGAAGAACAAGAGCCAGAACGUUGGCGAAGGCUCAGAAAGCACACAUCCUCCGAGUCCAGCAUCCUCUGCGUCAACAACCAAGUCGAAGGACGCAAAGCCGCCUCAACCCUCAACAUCUGCGCUGAUAAUCUGCCGUAAUAAGCACUGGCGCUAUAUAUCUUCGUUCCAUGGCCCAUGGCUUCAAUUGCCCCCAGAAGUGCUCGAGAGCCUUGCGAAUAACAACUACAACCUCCCGCGACCCAGACCCAUUGACCCCGCUGUCUUUUUUGACCUCCUCAAAAUCCGCCAACUCGUUGACGAUGCCACGAAUCUUGCUGUGCGAGCUGCGAGCGGCGUCACCUCGUCCACACUUACAAAUUCGCUCAAUGCUGGCAACGGGCUGUUAGGCAAUGGUGGAAUGGCAUUAGGCCUUGGGCUUGGAGGGGGAGGUGGCAAUGCGAAAUUGAGUCGGGAACGAAAACACCGCAUGCGAGAGCAGGCUACACAAAAGCUGUCAAAGGCAUAUCACCUAGAUGAGAUUGCAUGUAGUGUCGCGACUAUGCAGUCUGCUUCGACGCUUGAAGAUGUGGCCCAGCUUGUGCUGCAAAGAAGCCCUCUCGACGCAGAUGCGAAAUAUGUACACUUCUUCCAUGAAAAGAUACCUUCGCGCCAACUUGCUGAAUGUACCAGCCUGGAACCCUUGGAUGAAGUUAUUGCACAGAGACCCAAUGAGGCUGAAAUACUAAGAACGCGUGCGGUUACUAAGAUCUUCAAGGAAGACUUUAUUAGUGCUGCACAAGAUCUCACUGCUGCGUUACAAAUCUGCAGAUACUAUCAGAGCCAACAUAAGGCCGGGCGGCAGCAACUCCAGUUAGCGAGUGAUGCCGCAGCUGAGGCUCAACGGAAUAGUAGGUGGAAAGAGGAGACAAAGCUUGACGAGGAGGACCACCCAAGCAGCCUUGAGACUCAACUUCUAUUCCAUCGGGCUGGAGUUUAUCUUACUAUAGCUUGUCAAAGCGUCAAUGAUGCAAUUCCACCCAAAGUAUCCAGCAAUGGGGUAAAUGGAAAACAGGAAAAUGGUAUUCCCAGCGAAACACCGCCUGUAGAGACGCCAGAGCUGAGCCCAGCUGAGGAAGAAGCAUUACGAAAACGCCUCGAAGCCAGGAAGAUUGUCAAGACAAAUGCCAAAAGAGCUUUACGGGAUUAUGUUUCCUAUUUAUCGCAUUUUGAUUAUACACCUGGCCUUCCAGCUGAAAUCGCGGAAGAUUUUGUGCGUAAAGUCAAUCAAGCGGCGAACGGAUUCAAAAUUCCAAGACCGCAGAAUGCCAGUCGAAGCCUUGACCUAGAGAGCAACGCUUCAUUAAGUAAUGGCAAACUCUCAGAUGCCCUUGUUCCCCACAAAGGUGCCCAUCGUAGCCGGCCACAACCUAACUCGCCUCGAACUGAGCUCCCGAGCCUUCCCCCACCCGUCGUCUAUCCAAUUUCAACGUUGUUUUCCUCGACACCACCCGCGGAUCUUCCUCCAUAUCCCGAGUCAGUCACCUCAUUAUCUGUCAAACAGCAACUACAAGCGCCUCAGAAUGAAGCCGCGAAAGCAAUCCUUGCGCAGACAGAUUGUCACGAGGCACUUACCUAUCAUCCACUCCUCACCGACUCCCUCCACUCCCUACUCCUCUGCCACUGCCUAAUCCAAACCUCAGCCCGAGAACUGCAACGCCACGCACAUAUGGUCGCCCGGCUCGCCCGAGUCUGUGAUGGCUAUCCCAUCUUCCAAGCAGCACGCUCUCCCAGCCGCGCCGAUUGGAUCGAGGUAGUUCGCCGCAAUGAGAACUGGAUCCAACUCUCUCAAUCCUGGGAGACGCUCUGCGCCCCAGCUCCUCUUCCUGGCCAAGCCCCCGGAAACCAGCAAAAAGAGACAGCAGCCGAGAAAAAGGAACGCCUAAAGCAACAAGCUAUCAUGGAAGCGCUCGAGGACGACCGCGUCCACGAUGAAGCCAGCUUUCACGCUGCCGUAGCCGCCCGCCAACGCCGCCAGGAGGAAGAGGCACGUAAGGCCGAGGGUAGGGAGAUGCCGAAACGAUGGGCUCAGGAAGAUGGAAAGGAGUACCCCAUUAGUACUGAUCGGGCGCAGGCUAUAGUACGCUGGAUUAGGGAAGCUCCUGUUGGGGGCGAAGCUGGCGGCGCUGGACGCAAGAAGAAGAGGAGCAGCAAGACUGGGACCAGGCGCAAGGCAAAGUCUGGAGUUGAAGGCGUAGUGGAGCCGGUGGAUAAAUUAGAGGUUGGGGAUGGAGAGAACUUUGAGCGUGUGGAGGAGGAGGUCGAUUAA